AGGAGGGAGGGUCUGAAGUGGCUUCAGAGGUCCUCUGCCUUCCUGUUGAGGCCAGGCUGUGUCAGGUCCAGACAGUCACCAAGGAGGGGCAUAGGCGGUCCCAGCCCCACAACAGAGGCUUGAGAGGGUGAGUGGACUUCACCCCACCAGUGAAAGAGCAAGAGUGACUCACAGGAGGAAGAUGAAGAGACCACAGUUUCCGGGUGUCCGCUGUAUGAACCAACAACAGUCCAAAGUCACCAGAGAAGAGGAAUGCCUACUGCACAGAGUGUGACAGGAGUUUCCAACAUCACAAAGAUGAGGCCCGCCCCCAGAGGUCCCAACAGGCCCAGCAAUUAGAGCCCAAUGCACCUGGGCUGAGCUCCCUUAGGAAGGAGGAGGAGGAGGUGGCAGCCGUGAGGGAGCAGAAUUCAGCUCAAGGACAGAGCUUCACGGGUGUGACUGUGCUCCUUCCUCUCUGCCAGCACAAUCCCUGGGAGGCCUCCCGGUGUGUGCUGUAGGAUGGCCGAGCCACAGGGCCGAAAGCUUGAGGCUGAGUGCCCCGUCUGCUGGAACCCCUUCAACAACACGUUCCACACCCCUAAAGUGCUGGACUGCUGCCACUCUUUCUGUGUGGAAUGCCUGGCCCAUCUCAGCCUGGUGACUCCUGCCCGGCGCCGCUUGCUUUGCCCACUCUGUCGCCAGCCCACCAUCCUGGCCUCAGGACAGCCGGUCACUGACUUGCCCACGGACACUGCCAUGCUGACCCUGCUCCGCCUGGAACCCCACCACAUCAUCCUGGAAGGGCGUCAGCUCUGUCUCAAGGACCAGCCCAAGAGCCGCUACUUUCUGCGUCAGCCUCGAGUCUACACGUUGGACCUCGGCCCCGAGCCUGGAGGUCAGACUGGACCCCCCCAGGAUACAGCCCCUGCCACUGGACCCAGGCCCAUCCCCAGCCACUACUCUCUGAGGGAGUGUGUGCGCAACCCUCAAUUCCGGAUCUUUGUCUACUUGAUGGCUGUCAUUCUCAGUGUCGCUCUGUUGCUCAUCUUCUCCAUCUUUUGGACCAAGCAGUUCGUUUGGGGUGUGGGGUGAGUGCUGUUCAUGGAUAAGCAACCAGGCUGCUUGGGAUGGGGAUGCAUACCCUCCUUUGGUGUUGUCCUCUUUGGUAGUAUUGCUUAUUUCAUAAACCAGGGAUCGGUGUUAGGCCGUGUACAGAGAAGGUCCCACUAUAAUGAGGGAAGAACAGAAACAAGAAACCCAAAAGCUGAAAGGCUAGGGGACACCGAGACCUCCUGGUGUGAACCAUGGGGUCAUGGAGGGCAGAGAAGUGGUUCUGUGGCCACAGAGCCACACAACAAGUUGUGCCAAAGGGCUGGGCAAUGGUAUCCAGGAACCUGCCUCACCCAAACACCGAGUUACGCUUCUCAACGGAGCUGCUUUGGACUCAGUUCAUGUUCUGUUCAGUUGCUCUUUUCAUUAUGUUGCUAAAAGUUUUGAAAAGUGAGUUUCACUUCUGUGGGCGAAUGUGUCGUCUGUGCUUCCCGCUGUUUGGAUGUCCUGCUACGAGUUCCGGUAGCAGUCAUUCAUUCACUCCGCAAAAGUGGGCAGACGCAGAAGGGAGAGGGAAGGUAUUCAGGGGUGGCACACGGCUCCUAGCAAAGGGAACCUUCAUUCAGCAGCUUCUAAUGUAAGACAGCCUUUCGUCAGCAUGGAGCUCACGGAGUGUUAGGAGAUAAGAAUCCAACCAUGAAAGAAGCCAGGGUCAGUGAAUUAAGAGAUAUCAAAUGUGGAGGAACACAUCUUUACUCCUGCUGAUAGGGGCAGAGGCCCUGACUGGGUACAGAGCAGAGCUCAGACUCCACUCCUGCAAGAAACUCCUGACAGAGGCAAAACCUUAGCUCCCAUCCCAGGCCACAGUAGGGAGGGGGGCCCUGGUUUUCACUUUACAUGACAGAAUCCAGGAAACCAAGGAGGCAAAAUGGGAGUGAUCAGGCUGCUGCUUGGCAGACUGCCAUCCUCAGUAUCUAGUAUCAAUUACUGCUUUGCUAGUUUUAACUUGGCCUAGUGGCUCAGGGCUCCAAAAACAAUUCUCACAUGGCUAAAACACCAUCACAAUUAUGAAAAAAUAACAUUUUGAAUUUUUAAAAAUUGCAUAAUAAACUACCAUAGGGUAUAACUUGAAUCAGUUUUACUUUU